UCCAACUAUAUGAUGUAUUGAAAAUAGGAUGGUCUUACAAGUUUCCUCGCAACGUUUUCCUUAAUGUUUAAAACACUCGGUAUUCAGUAUAGGUAGAUACUAUAGGAACAUAAUCGUCGAAAACUCGUUGGUAUGUACAAAGCACGACUAAAAUUCAACUACGUGCCCGAUAUCGGCAGUUCGGCACACUAACUAUUCACUAGACAAUCGAGGCAAUUUCAUUAAUUCAGGAGUUUUUUCAAUCAUUCACUUUAUCACUACACUAUUUUUAUUUCAUCAAAAACUGACAACACAAGAAACGUCAGUUGACUUCGUCUAAUAAAAAAUCCGAGUAGUUUUUAAUUGAUAGGUUGCAAAGCGUCAACAAUCAACAUCAAGAAGUAAUAGUGUUCUGUGAUCAACAUAUUAAUAACUAUUAAAAUGGCCAACGACAGGGAGGUACUUCGAGAAAUAUGGGAUGGAAAACUACCGAUAUGUUUUCAUCUUGCUCAAGAAGAAAUAAUGGAAAUUCAACAACCUGAUCCAUUUUACGUUAUGGUGCCUCGACUUAGCUACUUUCCUCUUGUCAUCGAUAAGAUGAAACGUCACUUUCUCCGAUUCAUAUCACAAGAGAAUUCUGAUAGUGAAAUGUGGUUGGACUUUAAUGGGCAACCCUUGAAAUGGCACUAUCCCAUAGGAUUUUUGUACGAUUUGUAUUGUGGUAAUGAUCCUCAACUACCCUGGACUUUGACAGUACACUUCACAAAGUUCCCUGAAGACAUUCUUCUUCAUUGCCCAAACAAAGAUGUAGUAGAAGCACAUUAUAUGUCUACAGUGAAAGAGGCUGAUGUACUGAAACACAGAGGACAAGUGAUGUCAACUAUGCAAAAAAAGGAUCACAAUCAGUUAUGGCUUGGAUUACAAAAUGACAAGUUUGAUCAGUUUUGGGCUAUCAACAGACGUCUUAUGGAGUCACAUGGUGAUAAUGAUGGAUUCAAACACAUACCACUUAGGAUUUAUACUGAUGAUGGUGUAUACAAUCAACGCCUUGUCUGUCCUAAAAAUACUGAUAAUAGUAGAAAAACGCUACAACAGAUGAUCUCCGAGCUAUAUCCAGAAAAAUCAAAUGUUAAUCUAAGAACUCAUGGUGUAAUCAUACCUCCAGAAACUCCUCUGCAGUGGCUUUCAGAACAUCUCAGUUACCCUGACAACUUUUUACAUUUGUGUUUAUGCUGAAGAUAUUUGGGUCGUGUAUGCAUGAGUUGUGAAACUAUUUAAUAUUUAUAAGCUUAUGUCACAUGUUCUGUAUCUUUUGAAAAAUGUAUUGAAUUUACAAUUCAGUAUGUAUUGUCUAGUCAAAAAUGUAUACAACAUAACUAUUGUAUUCAUUACGCAUUCUCUGAAUUGUUUAUAAGUAACAGACAUAAUUAUUAAAAGUAUAGUAUUUUACAGUUAAAUCUCUCAUUUAUAAUUAAA